GGCGUCGCCUGUGAGGGAAGGAAAGGCGGGCAAAAGCGUCGCCGCCUCCGGUCCGGACGCAGCAGCCCCGCCGUCGUGCAUGGAGCGGCCCCAGGCAGGAGGAGGCCGGGGAGCCGCCGCUGGCCCCUCUCCGAGCCAGAACGUGAACCUUUAUAGGAUCCAAAUGUCUGCUGAGUGGAUGACGUGUCUACGGUAAUUAAGGCCAACAUGGGUUCAUGUUUCCUGGUCAUCCUGCUAAGCAGCUACCUGACGUGCCUAGGAUCUGCCAGCAUGACCACAGUACUGCCCUCAGUUGUCAAUUCUUCCUGGACCACAAGUUCUGUGAAAAUUGCCAGGACACAGCCAAGUACCAGGAAGACCACAAGUGCAAUCAGUAAAAAUGCGACUUCUCCGACAGUGUCUCCCACAGUGGCACAGAACUAUACUACGCCAAAGGCCACUGAACUCCCUGCUGCCACAACCAGCAGGCCUCCAGUCACAGAGGUGACGACUGUCAAGGCAGCGGUGGCCACUUCUGGGAUCACUACCCUUCCACCAAAUGCCACGUCCACCGUUCCGCACACGACUGCUGUCGACACAGACCUGUUUCCUUCGGAGGCCAACACCACAACAGCAGCAGCAACUUCAAAAGUGUUUGACACCUCAACGGAGAUAACAAGAGACCCAGAUAAUGAUCUUGGACGAGAUGAGACACCCAUCAUUGCUGUUAUGGUGGCCUUGUCUUCCUUGCUAGUCAUAGUAUUUAUUAUUAUUGUCCUGUACAUGUUAAGGUUCAAAAAGUACAAGCAAGCUGGGAGUCAUUCCAAUUCCUUUCAUUUGUCGAACGGUCGGACAGAUGACAUGGAGCCUCAGAGCAUGCCGCUGCUUGCCCGCUCUCCCAGCACCAACAGAAAGUACCCUCCGCUGCCUGUUGAUAAACUGGAGGAGGAAAUUAACCGGCGCAUGGCAGAUGACAACAAACUUUUCCGCGAGGAAUUCAAUGCUCUCCCAGCAUGCCCCAUCCAGGCUACCUGUGAAGCUGCCUCUAAGGAAGAAAACAAGGAGAAGAACAGAUACGUCAACAUCUUGCCUUAUGAUCAUUCCAGGCUUCAUCUGACACCUCUUGAAGGGGUUCCAGACUCCGACUACAUCAAUGCCUCAUUCAUUAAUGGGUACCAAGAGAAGAACAAGUUCAUUGCAGCCCAAGGACCAAAAGAAGAAACUGUGAAUGACUUCUGGAGAAUGAUUUGGGAGCAAAACACAGCUACAAUUGUCAUGGUGACCAAUUUGAAAGAGAGGAAAGAGUGUAAAUGUGCUCAGUACUGGCCAGAUCAGGGCUGUUGGACCUACGGAAAUAUCAGAGUGUCUGUGGAAGACGUGACUGUCCUGGUUGAUUAUACAGUACGGAAAUUCUGCAUUCAGCAGGUAGGCGAUGUCACCAACAAAAAGCCGCAGCGCCUGGUGACGCAGUUCCACUUCACUAGCUGGCCUGAUUUUGGGGUCCCCUUCACUCCCAUCGGGAUGCUAAAGUUCUUGAAGAAGGUGAAGACAUGUAACCCACAGUACGCAGGAGCCAUUGUUGUACACUGCAGUGCUGGCGUGGGCCGGACAGGCACUUUCAUUGUCAUUGACGCCAUGCUGGACAUGAUGAACACCGAGAGGAAGGUGGAUGUUUUUGGGUUUGUAAGCCGCAUCCGGGCACAGCGCUGCCAGAUGGUACAGACUGAUAUGCAGUAUGUGUUCAUCUAUCAAGCUCUCCUGGAGCAUUAUUUGUAUGGAGACACAGAACUGGAGGUGACCUCACUUGAGGUCCACCUCCAGAAGAUUUAUAACAAAAUCCCAGGGACCAGCACCAAUGGAUUGGAAGAGGAAUUUAAGAAGCUAACCUCAAUCAAAAUCCAAAAUGACAAGAUGAGGACGGGCAACUUACCGGCCAACAUGAAGAAGAACAGGGUGCUCCAGAUCAUUCCAUAUGAGUUCAACCGGGUGAUCAUUCCAGUAAAGAGAGGUGAAGAAAACACUGAUUACGUGAACGCUUCCUUUAUUGACGGCUAUCGUCAGAAGGACUCCUACAUAGCCAGCCAGGGUCCACUCCAGCACACGCUAGAGGACUUCUGGCGCAUGAUCUGGGAAUGGAAGUCCUGUUCCAUUGUUAUGUUGACUGAACUAGAAGAGAGAGGUCAGGAAAAAUGUGCCCAGUAUUGGCCUUCUGAUGGGACGGUAUCUUAUGGUGAUAUUACCGUAGAGCUGAAGAAAGAAGAGGAGUGUGAGAGCUACACAGUGCGGGACCUCAUGGUGACAAAUACGCGGGAAAACAAGACCCGGCAGAUCCGACAGUUCCACUUCCACGGGUGGCCGGAGGUUGGCAUCCCCACCGACGGGAAAGGAAUGAUCAACAUCAUUGCAGCUGUGCAGAAGCAGCAGCAGCAGUCCGGAAACCAUCCGAUCACGGUGCACUGCAGCGCUGGAGCUGGACGAACGGGGACCUUCUGUGCAUUGGGCACCGUCUUGGAAAGAGUCAAGGCUGAAGGGAUUCUGGAUGUCUUUCAGACGGUGAAGAGCUUGAGGUUACAGAGGCCACACAUGGUCCAAACACUGGAACAGUACGAAUUCUGUUACAAGGUGGUUCAGGAAUACAUUGACGCCUUUUCAGAUUACGCCAACUUCAAGUGAAUGCGGACAUCACCCAACAGAAGAGUUGCCUUCUUUAAUACUUUGUAAUAUUCUGUUUGUUAAUAUCCCCUGCCCCUCUCCCCCCAAAGUGUAUAUAUAUUAACUGUCCUAGAGGGUUGGUACCAUAAGAUUCCUAUUAGCUGGAAAUUUUAUAUGUAGCAAAAAGUGUUAGAAAGAAGAUUGUAGGCACUUUUUUUCCAAUGUUUUAUUGGGGAAUUAAAUAGCGUGAUAUUUGGAUUAAUAUUGUCAAACCUCUCUCCUGGAGAGUUGAUGCAGGCUGUUUUUGUUUUGUAAAUCUAUUUUUUUUUCCUUGAGGGAGUAAAGCCUUUUUUUUACAAAACCAAA